CGCCGCUUGAAUCCGGCUGUUCUCGCCAGAUAUAAUUGCCAGAAGAACAAGGAGUCUCAACAGGGUUUAAAAUAAAUCCGCGGCCGAUUUCGCACAUCCUAGAGAGAGAAACACGAAAGAAAGAGAGAACAGGAGUCCUUGUACGGGGUGAUAGAAAUGUCAACGACGGAGAACCAGAACGGCACCGCGGGCGGCGCGCAGAGCAACGGCAUCAAGACGCCGUCCUCGUCGUCGUCGACGGCGUCGUCCACGGCCUCCUCGGGGAUCUCGCCGUCCGGCGGCGUCAGUCGCGGCCUGCCAAACAACAGCAGCAGCAACUCGUCCUUCCUCUACAGCAGCAGCACGAUGCUGAGCCGCGAGAAGGCGCGGCAAGUGCCGCCGCCGACCCUGCCCAAGUACACCUCGAGCUUCAACGCCGGCUCGAACGGCGGCGGCGUCGGCACCGCUGCCGAGCGGCUCAGCAGGGACCGCGAGACCGGCGGCAGCUACCGGCUCGCCAGCCUGGACAGACUCGCUCUGCGCCAGAGGAUACUCGACGGGGACAAGGCGAAUGGGGAGCCCAUCUCGAUCCAGACGAAACGCGAACUGUUCUUCAAGGGUGACACGGCAAUAAAACCGUCGGUGCCGCCGCCGCAGCCGCCGACGCAGCCUCCCGGAUCGCAGGUGAACAACUCUACGACGAACGCCUCGGCGACGAUCGGCGGCGGUUUAACGUCGCCGAACACGCCGGUGUACACGAGCGGCAUCGUGGCGGCGACGAAGCCGCGGCUGCCGGUCUCGACGGCGAUCCCGAACGACCCCUCCGAGGACAGCAACAGGCGCGAGUGCGCCCGGAUCGCCGUCUCCGGCGUUAACAGGAGGACAGCAACAAGGAGAAUGCUCUUGCACCAUGCGCGACCCACUCCGCCCACCAAGCCCAAGGAACUCGACGGCUACGUCGGCUUCGCGAAUCUCCCCAAUCAGGUUUACAGGAAAGCCGUGAAGAAGGGCUUCGAAUUCACCCUUAUGGUCGUAGGGAAAUCAGGGCUCGGUAAGUCGACUUUGAUCAACUCCAUGUUCCUGGCAGACAUAUAUAGCGCGGAGUAUCCCGGACCCAGCCUCAGGAUAAAGAAGACAGUCGCCGUGGAAACCAGCAAAGUUCUGUUAAAGGAGAAUGGCGUCAAUCUUACUCUCACGGUUGUCGAUACCCCUGGUUUCGGUGACGCUGUCGACAACAGUAACUGUUGGGUGCCAGUGAUCGACUACAUUGAAUCCAAGUACGAGGAGUUUCUCAAUGCGGAGUCCCGCGUGACGAGACGACAGAUCCCGGAUAGUCGGGUGCACUGCUGCCUCUACUUUGUCGCGCCCUCCGGCCACGGAUUGAAGCCGCUCGACGUGGAGUUUAUGCAACGUCUCCACGACAAAGUCAACAUCAUACCGGUUAUCGCUAAAGCGGAUACUAUGACGCCGGAUGAGUGCGCGCACUUCAAAAAACAGAUUUUGAACGAGAUUGCGCAACACAAGAUAAAGAUCUAUGAGUUCCCUGAGGUCGAGGAAGAGGAGGACAACAAAUUCCACAAGUUAUUAAGGGACAGAGUGCCGUUUGCUGUCGUGGGAGCGAAUGCCGUCGUCGAACAUGAUGGCAAGAAAGUGCGGGGCAGAAAAUAUCCGUGGGGAAUCGCGGAAGUCGAAAACUUGGAACACUGCGACUUCAUAGCGCUCCGAAACAUGGUGGUAAGGACGCACGUGCAGGAUCUAAAAGACGUGACGAACAAUGUCCACUACGAGAACUUUCGGUGUCGCACUUUGGCCGGUCUAGGUGUGGACGGCAAGCCGACGAAGGCCUCCAAUAAUUUGUGCCCUCCAGGAGUGACGAACACUUUCAUGACGGUGUGGAACCCGUUGGCGCAGCUGGAAGAGGAGAAACGCGAACACGAUAACAAGAUGAAGAAGAUGGAGACAGAAAUGGAGCAAGUCUUUGAAAUGAAAGUGCGGGAGAAGAGGCAGAAGCUGAAGGACUCCGAAGCGGAUUUGCAGAGAAGGCACGAGCAAAUGCGACGUUCGUUAGAGCAGCAAGUGCGAGAACUGGAAGAAAAGAGACGAGCAUUUGAGGCGGAAAAAACCACCUGGGAGCAACAGACCGGUCACAGUAUCGAAGAAUUACGUAGACGCAGUUUAGAGGCGAAUUCGAAAGAGACGGGAUCGAUGUCCUCCGAGGGAUCUGGCGGCGGUGGAGGUACGUUGAGGGGUUCCCGAGGGAUAGGCAGCCUCCUUCGCCGUCACACGAGUUUCAAAUCACCUCAAGACAGCCCCGCACAGAUACAGCUUGUCAUACAGCAUCCUGAGCACCCCUAAUAACGACCGAAUUUCUCCCAGAAACCGCCCUCGAAAAUGCGCUCGCAAGACUUUUCGGGAUCUCUGUCGCGCGGACUCUUUUCUUCUCGCGCUCUCAACCCUUAUCCCGGUGCAGUCGCGAUUUUUUUUUCUUUUUUUAAUCAGCGAAAAUUGCUCGACAAAAGUCCCGUAGGAUCGGCAAGAAUAAGAAUCAAAAUAUUUUUAAGUUAUAGCAUCUCGAAGGCAAUCAAAAUGGUAGACGAGAGUCUCAGAAAUCGAUGUAAGUCGAUAUAGAUGCACCCGAAUAAGGGUUGAGGAAUUAAAUUUUAUCGUAUACCUAAGGGAAGAGUAAGUACUGCCUAUCUGAGCGAUUAGUUAACUCGUCAACGUUACUUUGAGAGAACUUCAUGAAUAAAAUUAACAUCAGAUCAGAGGUACAAGAUAAAUCGUUAUCCAAUUUAUUUUUAUUCAUACCUUUUUCUUUAUUUUUUCGGAAAAUUCCAAAUUUCUAACAGAUUGUAUCGAAUGCAUUAUUUAAUCGACCAGUUAUUUUAGCGGACGCGUAUCAAUUGUUUAGAUUAAAAAUAAUAAAACGCGAUCGAUUCUAAACAGAUUUAUGUUGCAUGGAGUUGAAAAUCGGAUGUGAAUGAAUCGUGAUAGGUGGUACUUGUUCGUCUCGACACGCGUGUGCGUGCACAUAUCCAAAGCGACUGUAUAUUUCUAAAGAGAGGCGUCCCAUAAAGUCAUCCGCAUAUGCAGAUAUCGCGCGAUUUUUCCGCCGAUCCGGAUUAAAUCUGUCCGCUAUUUUAUACUCGAUAUUUUAUAGUCUCCCGCGUUUUCUCACCUUUCGCAUGAUAAACUUCGUUACGUUUUUUGGCGAAACAUUGUCAAGACAUUUUGCGCGCUCGACGAGAAUCCAAGUCGAGGAAGAUAUGAAAAAUAUCGGGAAUCGAAGAGAUGAGUAUAUAACGCCGAACAAAAUUGAGAUUGUUUUUUUUUGUUUUUUUUGCGAAUAUUUUAUCAUUUACUGUGUAAAUGAUUGAAUCGUUUUAGCAUUUGUCGAGAGUAACGCUUUAAUUUUUACGUAGAAUUUAGAGACGGAGAAAAUCGCAAUUAAUCUGUGAGGUGGAGAUUUAAAUCGAUCGACCGGAUAUUUGAUUAAAAAAAUAAAUAAAUAAAUCUGAUCGAAGGAGGAAAAUUUGUUCUACGAGGGAGGACUUCUAUGUCGAAAUUGAAAAACUUCGCUGAAAGAUAAAUCUCAAUUUUGUCUCGUGAUUGAUAUACCGAUCUAGUCGAUUAUUCCUGAUUUUCCGAGGACAUCUUGUUGCGCAAAAUUUCUUCGCAAAUUUUUUUUACAAAUUUACGUAUCUCGCGUUCGCACGAUGUUACAUAAGUACAUACAUCCCAAGCGCGAUUCGUCAUUUCCUGGAGCACGCCUUGUCUACUUCCUUACGUUCGCGAUUUAUCGUAUAUAUAUAUAUAUAUAUUUGAUUUGCUGUAACGCGUCCAUCAGGUACAAAAGAAACGUGGAAAUCUCGCGUUACGGUAUAAAUCACGGUCGAUAACAUUCAUUGUAGAGAUAGGACGAACACGACGAACUAUAUUAAGCGUAUAUUUAGCGAUAUGUACAUUUUGCAAUGUAUUUUUGGCACUGACUUUGAUAAACUUUUAGAUUACAUACAUGUUGUAACGGGGGCGCAACAAAUAGAGUUAUCCUCGCGUAGCGGCGUUUUUUUUUUUUUUUUUUUUUUGUAUAUUCGCCCAGAAUAUAUUUUACACACACAAACACGCAUAUAUACACACACUUCGAUCCUUUACCGCAUCGCGUGCCAUAAUUUACCCCCGCUUUCUUCCAUCAAUAUACAGGGUGUCCGGUAACUAACGGACCAACGAUUACAGGUGGUCAA